AUGGCCGUCAAGGAGUACCAGGAACUCGUCGACCACUGCUGCUCCUUCUGCUGCAAGGCUGUCGACUUUGAGGCCGUAACCCGCCCGGCCCCUCCGUGGGGAGUGGACAUCGACCCGGCGCUGCGAGCUAGUUGGAAGCGAGAGCGGUAUUGA